UGUUCUCGAGACUUUGCUGCAGGAACUUCUUUUAUUUUAAGGAAAAAUUUUCUAACAGUGUUUUUGCACUAAUCAAAACUUCUGUCCAAUUUCAAAGAGGCAUGAUUCAGAAUGUUGUUUGGUAUUAUGCACCUUUUCUGACCAUGCUGACUUCAUUCACGGUUAAUGAUUCCCUGACCUUUUUUUUUAAAUACAGAAUGAUCUCAUAAGUUUGUUGUCAUUUUCAUACAGUAAUAACUACAGCUAUAAUCCGAAUAUAGACAUACAUAGGGCAACUUCUCAUCCGACCUAGUUAGAAAGUGUUAAAAAAUAACAGUGAAAGGGUGGUUGAAUCAUCAGCAAACAAACGAAAGCCAUAAGUCCUAAACAUUUCGUGGGAGCAAGUGCAACACAAUAGCAGGAAGCUAUUUACUGGAAUGCGCCUUCUCGUCAACAUCUCCGCACUAAGAAAGUAUCUAUCGGAUCUUGUGUUCAAAUACAUCAAACAACAGGCUAAAUUGGAAGAGGGCUGGCUAUUGGUAUACGCCCUAUAGGGCCUACAAAGGCAUUUCUGCUCAUAUUUUGAUGAUUAUUCAAUUUCGACCUCGAUGGACUAUAGAAACUUCAUACCUAAUGACCUAAUAGUAUCCUUUAACAUGUCGCGUAGAAGUCUUAUGCUCUAUUCCAUUGGCUUCUUGAGUGGUGUGCUCUUGCUGGGUUCUCUGUCACAGGUUGGUCAGGUUGUCCGAAUGGAGGAACAAAUCCAGCUCAGCAUCUCACAAGCCCCGGAUCACAUCCGACGCCAGCAUGUCACCACGGUCAAAGGACUGGAAGGCUAUGAUCAACUUGUGACUCUUGAGGAAAAAGCUGGCUUGGUUGCUGGCGGUGAAAAACACUCUUCCGACGAUGCUGCUGUCCCCACACGGAAGGACAACCUAAAACUAAAUCAAAACGAUGCUGGUCAAUUGAAUGGUCAGACGGAUCCACAUGACUACAAAUACAUCCACAACCCAUCGCGGACUUGCUUGAAAAGGAGUGGAAAGAGAUUGAAGGUAUUUGUGAUUUUUUAUUCUAUAUCAGCACCUCAUCAUUUUCUCAGACGACAGACGAUUCGAGAAACUUACGGGGACCGGAGACACUGGGACUCUUUAAGCAUGUUAAGAGGAAAGGGAGUGGUGCGGACAGUUUUCCUUCUCGGCGCCACUUCUAAUGAAACUCUGCAACGAGGCAUUGAUGCAGAGUCCGCUCACCAUGGAGACAUCGUCCAGGAGGACUUUGUUGACAGCUACCUCAACCUGACCGUGAAGACAGUGAUGGGGUUGAAGUGGGUGACCAACUACUGCAGACACGCCCAAUACGCCAUGAAGAUCGACGACGACACCAUGAUGAACCAACGGCUCUUCCGUGACAAAGUGCUGACCAACGCACCACUUACCGACUACGCCACUGGGAAAACAUGGGUCCGGACAGCGCCGGUGCGGAAUGCAAAGAAGAAGUUCUAUGUGUCAGAAGAGGACUACCCCUUCCCCACUUUCCCGCCAUACUUGAACGGAGGUGCCUAUGUACUGUCUUCAGACGUGGUCCAGAAGGCCUUCAAGGCCGCCUUAACCACGCCCAUCUUCAAAUGGGAGGACGUCUUCCUGGGAAUGUGCUUGCAGAAGGCGGGAGUUGGAGUCCGUGACAUUGACAGAUUUCUAUUAUUCAAAUUCAAAGAGGGUGACAGUUACGACCGCCGAGUGCAUCGAGUGAAUUCGUAUGUUUUCAUAUCGGAUUUAAAUGUCACUGAAAUGGUAUGGGUGUGGAACCAAGGACAAAUCACCUGAAAGAAGAAAAUAAGUAAUACAUAUUAUAUUGAUCAUGUUAGAGUGUGUGCUAAUGGACUUUGAUAUUUUUACUCUGGUUUUAGCCCGGAAGCCUAUUACAGAAAGGGGAAAGCCUCUCGAGGAAUAAAAUCCUGUCAUGUACCCAUUUACCUCACCUAGGUUGCGUGCAGCACAGUGUGAUGUGACUUAAAGGGGAA